AUGCGAUCAUUGUCUGAAUCGAUCGGCAAGCCACCAAUUAUCGUUGCAAAGUUGGUCUCCAAAUGGCGUCUGGUGUGCCUGCUCAGUGAAAUCCUGGCAUUGGCCUAUAUGGGCAUUAUCAUUCAGCCGGGCUACAACGAGAGUACGCGUAUCUCCGAGAACGCAUUGCUUCCGGCACUGGUCACCGAGCGAUUCACUUCUCAUCAACGCAUUUCUGCGUUCCUGAAAGGACUACACGCUACAGGCAACGUUGCCGAAUACAUCAAAAAGCAGUUGCAGGCGUACGGCAUCUUCACACAGAUGUUACACUUUGAAGCGACUCUCCCCGGAUUUAACAAUUCUGGGACGAACGUUUUGGGCGUUGUUCGUGCUAGCCGGUCAUCAUCAGUUGAAGCAAUUCUUAUGGCAGUAAAUAUGAAUGAUAUGGAGGCAUUGGCUGUAGCGAUGGCUCUAGCAACUUAUUGUCGAGAACAGGUGUAUUGGGCGCGAGAUAUUCAUUUCGUUUUUGUGGACAAAGGAUUAGUCGGGAUGACUGCAUUUUUGGACGAGUACCACGGGCAUCGCCAUCCAUUUUUGCGUGUGGAAAAGCUGCAGUUCCAUAGCGGAGCUGUGGUUGGCGGAUUUGCACUCAAAACAACUGGGACAGUGUUUGAUACGCUGAAUGUUGAGCACAAUAUGAUGAAUGGCUUAUUGCCAAAUUUGGAUUUGCUCAAUUUGAUGAUCAAGUUGGCUGACAAAUUUGGCCUCGUUCCGGAAGUUUUCGAAUCUGCGCAUCAAGGAUCUUGGUGGGAUCUUGCUGAAUUGACAAGCAGUGCAGUACUUAGCCAGGCAUUUAACGAAAAAGAAGGAUUACAUAGCGUUUUCGGAUCCUAUGGUAUACAAGCGGUCACAAUACAUGCGCAGAACGUUUUUGAAGGCUAUGUGACGUUAACAGAUCUAGCACGAAUUUGCGAAGGCGCCUUAAGAUCACUAAACAACAUACUGGAGAAAUUUCAUCAGUCGUACUUUCUUUAUAUAAUGACAGGCACGCGACGUUUUUUGUCGGUAGCAUAUUACAUGCCAGCUCUCGGUUUCGUCUUGUUUCCGCUAUUUGUACUGGCACUUCGUGAUUGGUUUAGCAUGAUCGAGUUCAAAUUUUCAAACUCAUUUUUGUUACUUCACGUGAUCGGAAUUGUCGAGUACUGUGUUAUCAGAAGUGUCGCUACAAGUGAGGAGGAAGUUGUUUCAUUGAGAUUUUUAUUUUAUUUGGAUUACUGUCUUAUCUUCGGUUCUUUAUCGUUGCUGAAUUUUUCGUUGGCGUUGUUCAUUUCUCUGAUUGCCGUCCCGCUGAUAAUUCUCUUCACAGCGGUAGGCAUCAGUAAUCGGCUAAUAAAUCGAUCGAAAGCUGUCUUUGGUUUCUUAUUACAUCCAAUUGCUCUGCAUUUAUUCUGUUACUAUUUUCUAUAUAAUGUUGUUCCGACGAAAGCAUACGUGGAGCAGUUAGUGACAGAUCUCAUCACAAAUCAUCUCUUGUUCGGAAGUUUUCUUUUUCCGUUUAUUUUCAUUUGCUUAUUACCCCUAUGGAAUUUAUUAAUCUUAAUUUCGUCUUCAGCAUUUUCUUAG